GAUCAGCACAGAGGGGAAACAAAUGAUUAUACCCCAGCAUGUUUGUUCAGGCAAUAGGAAGGCCAUGCUUAAAUCUGUUUUAGAAGGAGGAGUUUCGGGUCCUUUAUUCUCUCUUUCCGCCGUACCCGCCAUCUUGUGAGCUACCGGGGUAAUCAGGCAUCAUGACGAACACAAGAGGCAAGAGGAGGGGGACGAGGUACAUGUUCAGCAGGGCCUUCCGCAAGCAUGGUCCCAUUCCCCUGUCCACGUACAUGCGUAUCUACAGGAAGGGUGAUAUCGUUGACAUCAAGGGUACAGGUACCAUCCAGAAGGGAAUGCCUCAUAAGUGCUACCACGGCAAGACGGGCAGGGUCUACAACGUAACCCAACAUGCUGUCGGCAUCAUUGUCAACAAGCAGGUCAAAGGUAAGAUCCUUGCCAAGAGGAUCAAUGUACGUAUUGAGCACGUGAAGCACUCUAAGAGCAGGGACAGCUUCCUGCAGCGCGUCAAGGAGAACGAGAAGAGGAAAGUGGAGGCCAAGCAGAAGGGCACCUGGGUGGAGCUGAAACGGCAGCCCACUGCUCCCCGUGAUGCCCGCUUUGUCAGCACCAAGGGCAAUGAGCCCCAGCUGCUGGAGCCCAUCCCCUAUGAGUUCAUGGCAUAACUAUGCUGACCAAAAUAAAACUGUUUCUGCACAGA